GCCUGCCCGGAGGCCGCGGGGCGGGGUCUGCGGCGGAAGCGGAAGUGACGGCGGAGGCGCGCGAGGCCGGGAUGGCGGCGGCGGUGGUGGCGGCGGCGACGCGGCUGCUGCGGGGCUCGGGCGGGUGGCGCCGCCCGCGGCCGAGGUGCGGCGCGCCCCCGAGCCGGCCGUUCAGCAGUGGCGGGGGGUACCCCGGCGUCCCGCUCUCGCUGCCCCUGCCCGGCGUCCCCAAGCCUGUGUUCGCCACAGCCGACGGGCAGGAGAAGUUCGAGACCAGAGUGACCGCCCUGGACAACGGCCUCCGCGUGGCCUCGCAGAAUAAGUUCGGGCAGUUCUGCACGGUGGGAGUGCUCAUCAACUCGGGAUCGAGAUACGAAGCGAAGCACAUCAGCGGGAUCGCACACUUUUUGGAAAAGUUGGCGUUUUCGUCCACUGACGAGUUUGGCAGCAAAGAUGAGAUCCUGCUUGCCCUGGAGCAGCACGGCGGCAUCUGUGACUGCCAGACCUCGAGAGACACGACCAUGUACGCUGUGUCUGCCGACGUCAGGGGCCUGGACACGGUUGUGGGCUUGCUGGCCGGCGUGGUCCUGCGCCCCAGGCUGACAGACGAGGAGAUAGAGAUGGCGAGGAUGGCUGUCCAGUUCGAGCUGGAGGACCUCAACAUGCGGCCGGACCCUGAGCCGCUCCUCACAGAGAUGAUUCACGAAGCGGCGUAUCGGGGAAACACGGUCGGUCUCCAUCGCUUCUGCCCCGCGGAGAACAUAGCCAGGAUCGACCGCGAGGUGCUGCACGCCUACCUGAGGAACUACUACACGCCCGACCGCAUGGUGCUGGCGGGCGUGGGCAUGGAGCACGAGCACCUGGUGGAAUGUGCCAGGAAGUACCUCCUGGGAGCUCAGCCAGCCUGGGGGCGCGGGCCGGCAGCAGCCGUGGACCGCUCGGUUGCACAGUACACGGGUGGGAUCGUCACGCUGGAGCGAGACAUGUCAAACAUCAGCCCUGGACCCAGCCCGUUCCCUGAGCUCGCGCACGUCAUGCUGGGCCUGGAGAGCUGCUCCUUCCUGGAGGCCGACUUCAUCCCCUUCGCCGUGCUCAACAUGAUGAUGGGGGGCGGUGGCUCCUUCUCAGCUGGCGGCCCAGGCAAGGGCAUGUUCACCAGGCUCUACCUCAACGUCCUCAACAGGCAUCACUGGAUGUACAGCGCCACCUCGUACCACCACAGCUACGAGGACACGGGGCUCCUGUGCAUCCACGCCAGCGCCGACCCCCGCCAGGUGCGGGAGAUGGUGGAGAUCCUGACUAAGGAGUUCGUCCUCAUGUGUGGGGCGCCGGACGAGGUAGAGCUGGACCGCGCCAAGACGCAGCUGAUGUCCAUGCUGAUGAUGAACCUGGAGUCCAGGCCUGUCAUCUUCGAGGACGUGGGGAGGCAGGUGCUGGCCACGCAGUCCAGAAAGCUGCCCCACGAGCUGUGCGAGCUGAUCCGCCAGGUGCAGCCCAGCGACAUCCGGAGAGUGGCCACCAAGAUGCUGCGCGGGAAGCCUGCGGUGGCCGCCCUGGGCGACCUGUCAGGCCUGCCCAGCUACGAGCACAUCCAGGCAGCCCUGUGCAAGGAUGGCCGCCUGCCCAGGGCCUACCGGCUCUUCCGCUAGGGCUGCCCGGGCUCCAGCCGGGGGUGUCCGAGGCCUGCAGCGGGCCCCUGCUGGGUUUGCAGGAGCACCCUCCAUCUCACUGAGCCGCCCUCAGUGGGCCCACUCGGACAGUGUGCACGUGUGCGCGUGGCGGGGGCCAGCUUGGGGCCUGGAGUCGCCUGCAGCGAGGAGAUGGGGUGGGUCACAGCCUGCGCGGCCUUGCUGGGGGAGAUCCAGGGCCUGCUGCAGUGAGGGGUCCCGAGAAGGGAACAAAGCCCCCAGAAGCCUGGCCUUGCAGUCAGGUGGGUGAGGUGUGAGGGCUCGAAUAAACACCUCAAGAACAGAACUCUCCGCUGCCUUCACUCCGCGGCCCCUGUGCCCCAGCAUGCCCAGGUGACCCUCAGGUGCUCAGUCUCUGUAGAACCUGCCAGAAGCCCAUGCCUGCUCCCCUGGGGCGCCUUCCCUCCUCCCGCAGGAGCCCUGGAGUGCCUCCCCCCUCCCCCCCGCGGCAGCCAGCUUCCCGGGGCUCUGUCCGUCAUGCUCAGUCUUGCCUCACCACCCUCCCAGGCUGGCAACAGUUCGGGGUGCACUUCCUGACCUGUUUCCCUUAAAUGUGGGGGCCAGUGACAAGCUGCUGGCUUCCGGCUGGGGCCAAGUGAGGGUCAGUGCUCGGUGAGCGGACGGUGGAGCUGGCGCAGUCUCCAGAGACCCAGAGCUGACCUGUGGCCACACAAGGACAGGUGCCCCUCGAGCGUCCCUGCAGUCUGGGCUGGCACCCAAGCCUGCCUGUCCCGACUGAAGUCCUGUGGAAUCGACUCCAGCGUGGGGCAGCCACGGGUGCGGGUGGUGGUGCCUCAUGCUGGCGGGGCAGUGCCUGGUUGUCACAACCAGUGGCACGUGGGGUCUGUUCUCAGACGGGCAUGCAGAGCCCAGUGUGGGUGGAAUGUGUAGAGUCGAUAUUUGCAUUUAUUUAUAAAUAUGGAAAAAUAAAUAAUUUAAGACGACUAAACACCCCAGAUCUA